AUGCCGCUGACGACCUACAAGAAAGCCAUCAUCCCCUACCUGAUCAACGCUGCGCGUAGCCUCAUCCCGACCUUUUGGAGACAGACCUCAGCCCCCGCUACUACCGACUGGAUCACCAGAGUGGAAGACAUACGGAACAUAGAAGAAACUAUCCUGGCAGCAAGGAGAUGGAGCCAAACCUACCAGAAGAUCUGGUACCACUGGAUACACUGGCUGGCUAUGAAAUAA